ACCACGCAGUCACUGCCAGCUACAAGCGUGCAACUAAGCUAUUCGUCUGGGCGCUGCAUUUCUUUGGAGGGGAAAUAUGUGAUCGAAAAAACUAUAGAACGUUUAGCUACCCACAUCUUUCUAAAAAUGAUCGACACAUUACCUGUGCAUGAAUAAGAGAACUGAAUAACAUAGUACGUCAGCUAUUUAGCUAGUCACACAAAAGGGCCUUAGAAGUGAUGUGCGUGUGUGCUAACGCUAGCUAUCUAGCCACCGAGCAGUGUGUCUUUCUGGGCCAAUUAAAUUAGAACUCGAAGUUUACAUUGUUCUUGGUGAGUUUAAAUAAGCAGUUGCGAUGACAAAAACACCUGGUCCCACAGCUCCCUGUCUGGAUGUGGGAGACAUGCUGCAUAACCUGUACCGGCCUGGACACCAGGAGGAACCAGUAGGGGACGUAAAGUGUAAUGUUAUUCAUACACAAGGUCUAUGUUCCCCUCUACACAGCGGUGCGAUGGCUCUUCCUGAGCUAGUUGUAACAUCUGAACCAUGUAUCCACCAGAAUUAUCAGAAGAACGCUUUUAGUAGCUUUAGACUUGCCUCUGGUUCUAACCCCGACGAGGAGUCGGUCUGUUCCGACAGCGGGUUUGGAAGCUCCCCAGCUUCGUCUCUCGGACUCCGAAAGCUCUCAAAUUCAUCUUCUGCCGGCCUCUCUCCAACGUCGUCUUUUGAGGAAUAUGAGGAGGAAUGUAGUGGAAAUAAUGAAGGUAAACAAACGGGGACACUAAACUGCAGUCUCUGCUCAGGCGACCAUAACAGUAUUGAUGUGUGGAAGAAGAAUAGAAACAUGGUGAACUGGUCACCGGUUGUGGUGCCUUUGAAAAAGCAGUCUCCUUGGGUUCAAGUCGUUGGCCAUGCAGGUAACUUUCAAACAGGCAAUGAUGGUAAAUUGCUGAAGAAAUACUGUGCCUGUGAGCAGCAGUGUCUGCAGAAGCUUAUGGAGGAUGUACUGCAGCCCUUUGUACCAGGCUAUCAUGGAGUGACGCAGAGAGAUGGGCAGGACUACAACCUCAUGGAUAACCUGCUCACCUACUUUGAAUCCCCUUGCAUCAUGGACUGCAAAAUGGGAAGCCGCACUUACCUGGAGGAGGAACUGAAGAAAGCAUGCAAGCAUCCUCAGCCACGUGCAGAUAUGUAUGAAAAAAUGGUGGCAGUGGACCCAGAGGCUCCAACGCCAGAAGAAAGAGCCCAACAAGCAGUACUUAAAACGAGAUACAUGCAGUGGAGAGAGACCCUUAGCUCCACUGCUACGCUGGGUUUUCGUAUAGAGGGCAUAAAGAAAUCAGAUGGCUCCUGUAACACCAACUUUAAAAAGACUAAGCAUAAGGAUGAAGUAAUGCAAGCACUAGAAGACUUUGUUGACAGCAAUAUCUCAAUCCUCACAAGUUACCAGAAGCGGUUAAAGGAGCUGAGAUGCGAGCUUGAGAAAUCGGACUUCUUUAAAACUCAUGAGGUGGUGGGAAGCUCCUUGCUGUUUGUACAUGAUCACAAGGGCAGAGCCGGAGUAUGGAUGAUUGACUUUGGGAAGACCGCCCCCAUGCCAUCGCCUCUUACUCUGGACCACCGCAGCCCCUGGGUGGAGGGCAACAGAGAAGAUGGCUACCUUUGGGGCCUGGACAAUUUUAUUGACAUUUUGACCUACAUGCUGUCCAGGCACUGAGAAAUCACAAAUUUACAUAUUUGAUGGAAUGCCUGUAUAUUUACUGUUUCACAAUGUAAAUACAUUGUUAUUUGAUUUCCCCUUUCAGUUUAAAUAUUCUUUAAUGGGAUGGCAAGUAAACUACUACUUGUUGAACCACUAACCUGUAUAUGAAAGUCAUAUGUUUUGUUUGCCAGAUUGUUUAAAAAAAAAAAAAAAAAAAAAAGGACUGUAGUUUCAAAUACUUUUACUUAUUUAAAUGAAUAUCAGUUAAAAUCUGGACCAACAUUCUACAAUCAGUGGUAAUGGCUAGAAUGCUUUAUCCCUGCAUAUUAGUUUAAUUAUGUGACCAAUGUGAAUUCAUUUUGCUGUGAUUUAAAGAAGUUGUAGAAUAUAUUUACUCUUCCAUCACUAAUCACUUUAAUGAACCUCAUGUUUAUGCAGUUUCUGUUUUAUGCAGUUUUGAAAACGGGUCAUACCACUUUCUUGAUGAUGCUAUUCAGAUGGACUUUUCUGAAUGUUUGUUGUUCUGUAUACCUUUUGUUUAAACUGUUAAUGUUAAGCUUGCCUUUUGCAUGUUGACUUGUACUGUGCUUCAUAUUCCUAAAAUGGAUGAUUUUUGCAUGCAGUCAGGGUUUGUGGAUACGUCAAGGUGGACCAGAGAAAUGCAUAGCAUUGGGGGGAAGAAGCAUCCUUGCAGUUUUCUGUCAUAAAUGGAACUAACAUCACCUCAUACUGAUAUGCUAAUGUAAACUGCAUUGUUCAGAAAUUUUUACAUGUACCCUUUUUUCCCCUGUAGUUAUGGUCAUUAUCAAGAUGCAUUUGGACAUUUUUGGUUACUGUUCCUAGACUACUGAGAAUCAGUCUUGUAUGAUUUUAUGGUGUUUAUAACACAAUAAAUGUCUGGCUUUAA